UCACACUGGGCCUGGCCUCUCUCCCAUAUCUCUCGGUGAGACGCAGCUCGAAGGAGAGCUCUCUUCCCUUCUCUCAUGGCGUCGAAGCACGAGCGUCCGCUUGACGGAGCCGAGGAAGGACUCGCGACAAAGAGAAUCCGGCCGGAGGUGCCACCCGGUUCUCAAGAAUCCGGCGGCGGUCUUCGCGUCGAGCUUAAUCCCGCCGACUGCAACCUCGAUUUUGAUAUUGUUGGAAAUGGCCUUCAAGGACAAGCACUACAUGAAGAAGGAUUUGCUUAUUGCUGGUCUGGUGCCCGAGCAACUGUUGGGAUAACUGGAGGGAAGUAUUGUUUUGGCUGCAAAAUCAUUUCCGAGCAAGUUGUUGACAUGUCUGACACAGCCCCUGAUCAACAGCAUGUGUGCCGUGUUGGUAUUUCUAGAGGCGAUGACCCUGUUGGAAACCUGGGUGAAACUAUGCACAGUUUUGGCUUUGGUGGAACUGGCAAAUUCUCAAAUGCUGGGAAGUUCUCUGAUUAUGGCACAAAAUUUGGUGUUGGUGAUACUAUUGUUUGUGCUGUGGACCUUGAAAAUAAGCCAUUAGCUUCAAUUGGAUUUUCCAAAAAUGGGAAAUGGUUGGGUGUUGCCAGGCACUUCGAUGCAACCUCAAAGGGUCUUGGGGUGGUUGACACUCCACUGCAAGAUCUACCUUGGGAAUCUGCACUUUUUCCACACAUCCUGUUGAAAAAUGUUGUGGUUCAGCUCCAGUUUAGCAUUGAAGAUGGAUUGGCUCCAGAAGAAGGUUACAAGCCCUGGAAUUCUGCUAUUGGGGAUGGGAAUGUGAUUAUGGGUCCCACUUUUGCAAGCGAAUGCGAAGUUUUGAUGAUGAUUGGUUUGCCUGCUUCUGGGAAGACCACUUGGGCUGAAAAAUGGGUGAAGGAGCAUCCUGAGAAGCGAUAUGUUCUGCUUGGAACAAAUCUUGCUUUGGAUCAAAUGAAGGUACCUGGACUGUUGCGUAAGCAGAACUAUGGUGAGCGGUUUGAGCGCUUGAUGAACCAUGCUACGCGAAUAUUUAAUACAUUGUUAGCUAGGGCAGCCAAAACACCUCGCAAUUACAUUCUUGAUCAAACAAAUGUUUACAAGAGUGCUCGUAAUCGCAAAUUGAAGGCAUUUGUGAAUUACCGCAAGAUCGCAGUAGUCGUAUUCCCAUCACCAAAUGAUCUUAGGUUUCGGGCAGAAAAGCGGUUCAAGGAAAUGGGAAAGGAGGUACCUGCUGAAGCUGUAAAUGAGAUGAUAGCCAACUAUGUCUUGCCGAUGACAAAGAAUAUGCAUGGUUCAAAUGAACUUUUUGAUGAGGUUAUUUUCACAGAAUUAGGAAGAGGAGAGGGACAAAGACAUUUGGAUGAAAUGAAGCGCUCUCUACAAUCUCCUUAUUUAAAUAAAAAUAGAGAUUCUUCACCUUAUUCUUGUGAAAGCUCCAUCCAGUCAUUUUCUACCCGUUAUGCUUUGGACAAAGGAGCUGCUACAGCUACUGGGGGUCACUGGUCAACUUCCCAAUCAACAGUUUUGCUUCCGGGUCCUGAUAGCCUCAAUACACGACAAUUUAACGCAUCAUCUGCUGGGCUUGGUUCUUCUGGAGGCUACCGUCCAAGGGGAGACAAUAGCAAUCUUCCUAUGCCAAAGGAUAGUCCAUAUGAGAACUUUUCAAACCAUGGUAAGACUUUAUUUCAUGGGGAUGUCUCUAAUCCAUAUGGGAGAUAUGUGGCAUCAAGUCCCUACAACAGAAAUACUUAUGAAGGGACUUCUCUUCCAAUGGGUGACAUGAGCCCCUGUCCAGCACACAGUGCAAUAGAUGCCUUUGGAAGACCUGACUUUGGGGGUCCCAGUUCUUUUCAAAAUCUUAAUUACAGAUAUCCAUCAACUUCACCCUUAUAUAGAAGUGCUGGUGCACAACUUUGCGAUCCUAGAGUUCCUCAUGCUGAACACCAAGCUCUAAGAGAACCUUCAUAUGGGUGGCAUCCUCCUGUUCAAAACACUUAUGGUGAGAAAGGCCAAAGCUCAACUCACACAACUCCACGUCCGAGGCCUCCAUAUGGGAUCCCUCCGAAUCCUGUCAAUCCACGGUGGCCGGGCUUGUGAUCCCGCUGACCCCAGUCUUUACUUGUGUGAAAAGGGAAUGUAACUGCCCAUAUGACUCUCCAAAAUCUUUUUUUUUUCUCGUGUAUCUUAUACGAGUUAACUUUAACCAAGCGAUCUUUGUAUGUUUGCCUUGUUUUGGCUGUUUAUACAACUCUGCAGUGGUCAGGUCGCCUGUUUCAUGUCUGCUCACAAAGACAGGUCGGGUUCUUGGCAAUGUCAAGCUAUCAUGGUCAUGGUUUGUGAAUGAUUUUGCGCUGGAUGAGGCAUUUUAGU